GCGUCGGGCCGUGGGGACGUCAUUAUCGAUAAGACCAGCUCUUUGCUAUCGAGCAACCUCCACGCAAGGGUCAGUUUCCAAGAUGCCUCUCCAUCUACUCGGCAAAAAGUCAUGGAACGUCUACAACGUCGAGAAUAUCGAACGCGUCAAGCGCGACGAGGCGCAAGCAAAAGCCCGCGAAGAAGAAGAUGAACGUAUUAUGCAAGAGGUCGAUGCCGAACGCAGGAUCAAGAUUCUUCGCGGCGAACGUCCGGCUACACCCCCACCGGCGCCCUCCCAUCUGUCGUCUGAACUCGGGCCUCGAUCAGACAAAAAGUCCGCUGGCGACGUUGGAGGAUUUCGUAAGAGAAGACGCAUUGCCGGGGAAGAUGAUACGGAUCGAGAUAUACGAUAUGCUCGGGAGGAUGCGGCGCAAGCAGUUGCUAAGCGGGAAGAGUUGAUGCUCGCCUCUCGCAAGGCUGAUACAGCACAAGCCCCGAUCCUAGACAAGGCCGGCCAUAUCAACCUGUUCCCAGCCGCAAGUGCUAAAACAGAGAAGAAUGCCGAAGCAGAGGCUGAAACUGCACGGAAGAAGCGCAGCUAUGAAGACCAAUACACAAUGAGGUUCUCUAACGCCGCGGGCUUUAAGGAGACUAUUGGUCGGAAACCGUGGUAUUCCUCCUCAGAACAAAAUGCAACAGCGCCAGGGGCGAUGCCUGAGAAAGAUGUCUGGGGUAAUGAGGACCCAAGACGCAAAGAGAGAACACAGGCUCGAAUGAGUGCGAAUGACCCGCUCGCAGCCAUAAAGCGGGGUGUGCGUCAGUUGAAAGCAACAGAGCAGGAAAGGAAACGGUGGAACGAUGAGAAGCGAAGAGAGAUCGAAACUCUGAAAGCCGAGGAAAUACGGAGGUCAGGCCAUCGGCGAAGGCGAUCCGCGUCAGUGAACAGCCUUGAUAGAUUCAAACUAGAUGCCCCAGACAGGGAACGUGAGAAGGACAGAAGAAGUUCUGACAGACAUCAUCGUCGCCGUCGAGAUCAAAGCCGAGAUCACUCUCAUCAUCGCUCUUAUCAUCACUCCUCUCAUCGCAGUCAUCGCCAUCGCCACGACGAACGUUCUGAGGCUCCUAGGCGGGAAAAACAUUCUGAAGCGCAGAAUUAA